CGGUGCCGGGCGCAGACGGAGCGGCCGCGGCGGCGCCAUUUUGCGGCGGUGCGGGAGGCGCGGGCGGGAGGUGGCUGUGGUGGUGGUGCCGGUGCCGGCAGUAGCGGCAAUAGCGGUAACGGUGGCGAUAACAGCGGCCGUAGGUGUUGUUGCUGCUAAUCGGGACUAGCGUCCCCCUUUCGCCCCAGCCCCUUGGCCAGGACUCUGCCGACAUGAGCGACGUGGAGGAGAACAACUUCGAGGGGAGGAACUGCUGACUAUGUUGAGUCUGCAUUUGGAAAACUUCGUUUGUUUUUGCUCCCUACAGUGAAAAUUCUCAAUCAAUAUGGCAUAACUGAGCAUAAUGGCAGGUUAAUGUUCGUGAAGAAAUUGAAGAGUUUUUUCCAAGAAUGUGGAAGAUAAAUCAAGAUAAAAGAAGGCUAAUGAAAAGUAUUAAAGAUCAGAAAAUUAAAAUUGAAUGGGGGAAAAAAUUGAACAGAAGAUUGGUCAGAUAGAAGCACUUGAAUAUUUUUUUAAGGCUAUAAUGAAUUGUUUGAAUUGGGGAAGAAUACACGAAGUAUGAAAAAUGAAAAACUCAAUGAAGAAUGAAGAAAAGUAGAAAGCAAGAGUGAAGUAGAAUUAAAAGAAUCUGGAAGAAUGAAUGGGUCCUAGGUUAAGUAAAUGAGUCUCGCUCCCAGUCAAAAUCUCCAGCUGGGAGUCCUGCUCGCGUAAAAUCAGAGAGCAGGUCAGGAUCUCGCAGUCCAUCGAGGGCUUCCAAACAUUCUGAAUCGCACUCUAGGUCAAGAUCAAAAUCAAGAUCCAGGUCCAGAAGACAUUCGCACAGACGUUACACUCGUUCCAGAUCCCAUUCUCAUUCCCAUAGGAGACGUUCUCGAAGCAGAUCAUACACACCAGAAUACCGUCGUCGCAGGAGCCGUAGUCAUUCUCCAAUGUCCAACAGGAGAAGGCACACUGGCAGCAGAGCUAAUCCAGAUCCCAAUACCUGUCUUGGAGUGUUUGGUCUCAGUUUGUACACUACUGAGAGAGAUUUACGUGAAGUCUUCUCCCGUUACGGACCUCUGACUGGUGUCAAUGUGGUUUAUGAUCAACGGACUGGACGAUCAAGAGGAUUUGCUUUCGUUUAUUUUGAGAGAAUUGAUGACUCUAAAGAGGCAAUGGAGCAUGCAAAUGGAAUGGAGCUGGAUGGCAGGAGGAUUCGAGUGGAUUAUUCAAUCACCAAAAGAGCACAUACGCCCACCCCAGGCAUCUACAUGGGCAGGCCAACACACAGUGGAGGAGGUGGUGGCGGUGGAGCAGGUCGUCGCCGGGACUCAUAUUAUGAUAGGGGGUAUGACAGAGGAUAUGACAGAUAUGAAGAAUAUGACUACAGAUACAGGAGACGAUCACCAUCGCCUUAUUAUAGUCGAUACCGAUCGCGAUCAAGAUCCCGUUCCUAUAGUCCAAGGCGCUACUGAAGAUCAGAAGAGUUACAGUUGAGGACUUGAUUUUUAAAUACAAAGUUCAGAUCUUUAGCAUCCCUACUGCUUUCCCUUCCGUCUUCCCUUUCUUGUCCUCCUUCCAGCUCUUUCACAAGUCUUUGGUUCAUUUAGAGUAUACAUAUUUUCAGUUGAAGUAUUCCUAUUUUCCACCCCUUCUUAUUGUAAUACUCUUAAAUAUUGUAAUUGUUGUAGUUUUUGUGUAGUAAAACAUCUUGAGCAAAAAAAUAGAAAACCCCAAAGUGCUGAUACAUUUUGGAAGUCAUUCCUAUUUUAUUUCUAAAACAGUUGGACUCCUGACUAAUCAGAAGAGAACAUUGAUAUUUUUAAAGCUUGCAUGUCAUAUGUAGUAUACACACUUGGAUACUUUAACAUAAACCUGCAUUUCCAAGUAACUUGUUAAUCUUUCUGUUAAAAUGUUUACCUAUUACUUUGAUAAACAAGUAAUGACUUUGAGUCUUUUCUGUAAUGAUAAAUUUGCUUAGAUAGUCAUGAACCAGAGGAUUUUUAAUUUUUUUUUUUUGUCAAGUAGUUGCUUUGAAAGUAGACUAUUUGAGCUAGAUCAGAGUUUGGUAUUUGACUGACUGGGAGAAUAGAUCCUUGUACACUCAAAAUUAAGGCUGUGUGUUUUAUAGAAAAAGUUUCUGGAUUGCUACACAGUGGAUAACAGUUGAAAUUAAAAUUGUUAAAUUCCUGGGGUCUUUGUGGUACUUCAUUGAAUAUUUCCCUGUAAUUGGUGCAAGAGAAAAAAUAUUUUUGAACAUAGCAAUUAGUUAUAUAAUUUGCUGUUCAUGAAAGAAAAAAUGGCCAACUUUUUGGUAUUGAAAUAAUGAUGGAGCACGUUUUGUUUCCAGUCCUUUUUGAACUUUUGGAAGUAUGGAUGGAAAAACCUACAGCUACAUGUAAACCUUUUUUUUUCCCUCAAUAAAACUUAAGUCCACUGAUA